AUGCGCACUCUUAAGAGGUCGAAACGGGAAGAGGGGCAGGGGCUCUCGAACGGAAGUGACGCAUGGUACAUGCGCAAUGACGACGAGGAGGUGGCCAAAAGUCAAGUGCUGGUCCGCACGCUGUGCUCGCUUCCGGAAGUGGCUUCUGCGACAACAUGCUUGCAGACCUCGGCUUAAUCGGGACCAUAGGCGAGGAUGACGAGGUGCCGGUGGAGCCCGAGUCUGACUCUGGUGACGAGGAAGAAGAGGGGCCUAUUGUGCUGGGCAGACGACAAAAAGCCUUGGGGAAGAACCGCAGUGCUGAUUUCAAUCCUGACUUCGUUUUCACUGAGAAGGAGGGGACUUAUGAUGGCAGCUGGGCCCUGGCUGAUGUCAUGAGCCAACUCAAGAAGAAGAGGGCAGCCACUACAAUAGAUGAGAAGAUUGAGAAAGUUCGAAAGAAAAGGAAAACAGAGGUUAAAGAAGCCAAGUCUGGGAAGUUGGAGAAGGAGAAAGAAACAAAGGAGGGCUCUGAACCAAAAGAGCAGGAAGACCUUCAAGGGAAUGAUGAGGAAGGCUCAGAAGAUGAAGCCUCAGAGACCGACUACUCAUCAGCUGAUGAGAACAUCCUCACCAAAGCAGAUACACUCAAAGUAAAGGAUCGGAAGAAGAAGAAGAAAGGACAGGAAGCAGGAGGAUUUUUUGAAGAUGCAUCUCAGUACGAUGAAAACCUCUCGUUCCAGGACAUGAACCUUUCCCGCCCUCUUCUGAAGGCCAUUACAGCCAUGGGCUUCAAGCAGCCCACCCCGAUCCAGAAGGCGUGCAUACCUGUGGGUCUGUUGGGGAAGGACAUCUGUGCCUGUGCAGCCACUGGGACAGGUAAAACUGCCGCCUUUGCCCUGCCUGUCUUGGAGCGUCUGAUUUACAAACCCCGCCAGGCUCCAGUCACCCGCGUGCUGGUGCUGGUCCCCACCCGAGAGCUGGGCAUCCAGGUGCACUCUGUCACCAGACAGCUGGCCCAGUUCUGCAACAUCACCACCUGCCUGGCUGUGGGCGGCUUGGACGUGAAGUCUCAGGAAGCAGCUCUUCGGGCAGCGCCUGACAUCCUCAUUGCCACCCCAGGCCGGCUCAUCGAUCACCUCCACAACUGCCCUUCCUUCCACCUGAGCAGCAUCGAGGUGCUCAUCCUGGAUGAGGCUGACAGGAUGCUGGAUGAGUACUUUGAGGAGCAGAUGAAGGAGAUCAUCCGAAUGUGUUCCCACCACCGCCAGACCAUGCUCUUCUCAGCCACCAUGACAGACGAGGUGAAAGAUCUGGCUUCUGUCUCCUUGAAGAAUCCUGUCCGGAUAUUUGUGAACAGCAACACGGAUGUGGCUCCCUUCCUGCGGCAGGAGUUCAUCCGGAUCCGGCCUAAUCGGGAAGGAGACCGGGAAGCCAUCGUGGCAGCCUUGUUGACGAGGACCUUCACUGACCAUGUGAUGCUGUUCACGCAGACCAAGAAGCAGGCCCACCGCAUGCACAUCCUCCUGGGGCUCAUGGGACUGCAGGUGGGCGAGCUCCAUGGCAACUUGUCACAGACGCAGCGGCUGGAGGCCCUCCGGCGUUUUAAGGAUGAACAGAUUGACAUCCUCGUGGCCACUGAUGUGGCAGCCCGUGGACUUGAUAUUGAGGGGGUCAAAACGGUAAUCAACUUCACAAUGCCUAAUACUAUCAAGCAUUAUGUCCACCGGGUGGGGCGAACAGCGCGUGCUGGCAGGGCUGGGCGCUCAGUCUCUCUGGUGGGAGAAGAUGAGCGGAAGAUGCUGAAGGAGAUUGUAAAAGCUGCCAAGGCCCCUGUGAAGGCCAGGAUACUUCCCCAAGAUGUCAUCCUCAAAUUCCGGGACAAGAUUGAGAAAAUGGAGAAAGAUGUGUAUGCAGUUCUGCAGCUAGAGGCGGAGGAGAAAGAGAUGCAGCAGUCGGAAGCCCAGAUCAAUACAGCAAAGCGGCUCCUGGAGAAGGGGAAGGAGGCAGUGGUCCAAGAGCCCGAGAGGAACUGGUUCCAGACCAAAGAAGAGAGGAAGAAGGAGAAAAUUGCCAAAGCUCUGCAGGAAUUUGACUUGGCCUUAAGAGGAAAGAAGAAAAGGAAGAAGUUUAUGAAGGAUGCCAAAAAAAAGGGGGAGAUGACAGCAGAGGAAAGGUCCCAGUUUGAAAUCCUCAAGGCGCAGAUGUUUGCUGAACGGCUAGCGAAGAGGAAUCGCAGAGCCAAGCGGGCCCGAGCAAUGCCUGAGGAGGAGCCAGUGAGAGGUCCUGCCAAGAAGCAAAAGCAGGGGAAGAAAUCUGUAUUUGAUGAAGAACUCACCAACACAAGCAAGAAGGCCCUGAAACAGUAUCGAGCUGGCCCUUCUUUUGAAGAAAGGAAACAGUUGGGCUUGCCCCACCAGAGACGAGGAGGAAACUUUAAAUCUAAAUCCAGAUACAAGAGGAGGAAGUAGCUGUUGUGGCCUGAAGAAAUUCAUGGGGGCAGCCCUUAAAUCCCUUCCCUGUGGGAAGUCAUCCUGGCUGGUCUGUCUUUUCUCCGUUUGUUCAAAAAACAAAAAAAAAGUUUGGUGUGGUGGUAUGGUAUGUAGCUAUUUUCCUAAGCAUGUCUAUCAAUCUCCUUUCUUGCUGAUUAGCUUUCACAUAAUGACUAUAUUAAAUGGAACUAUUUUUGGAAGAGAAACCAA